AUGGCCGACGACGAGCUGGAUCCCGCUUUCCUCGACUUGGACAGCCAUGCACAUGCGCUCGACUCGCUGGACUCGCUGGGUCCUGGUUUCGGCUCUUCGCUCGACCCCCUCGACGACGAACUCGGCGACGGCUUUGGCAGGGCGCUGGGGAACGAGCUUGAUGCGCUAGACGGGGUGGAGGAUGGACGAAAUGAUCUGGACGGGGCGGGAAGGUCCCGGCACUCGAGCAGGACAGCGAGUACCCUGGAACUCGUUGAGGAUGAUGAGGACGAGGACGGUGGAUCUCGGUUCUCAACGCCGCAAAGACGACGACAGAGGGCACCGAACGCGCCUCAAAGCCUGGCUUUUGAGCUUGCGAGUGCGGCGAGACCGCAGCGGCAUCGCGACCUCAUGAAGGAACUCGGACUAGACGACGAGGACGGCCAAGGUCUCGAGGGUUCGUCGAGCGACGAUGAGGGUGGCGCAAGCUCUGAGAUGGACGAGCGGGAGGCGCGGCAAGGGCCGUCGUCCUCCGCCAGUCCUUCAGCAACCGCUUCAGAUCCGUUCGCCUCACCCCGGAGACCACAAUCUCGCCUGCAUUUCGACACUCCCGCCUCCUCCGCUCCGAACUCUUCCAACAUGUCAAGGACUGGCACGCUCGACGGAAACGACGAAGUGGAGGAGGACAACUUGGCGAAGGAGGCGGAAAUCGAUGCCGCUCUCGAAGAAGCCUCUGCCUCUCUUACCGACUCGAUUGCCGCUGCCACGUCCUUCCUCGACCACCUACGACAGCAUACCACUUCGUCAGAAACCCAACCUUCAACCGCAGCGACGCCCUCUUCUCUCUCUUCCGCUCCUUCCGGCACGGCGCCUCCCGUCGACUACACCGAUCGCCAACCUCGUGUCGAAUCUCUCGCUCAAUCCGUCCUGCGAAACGUCGUCGACCUCGCCCAGCAGCGCGAAGCGCAGGUUCGCGAGCUGACGGAGGCGGAGCGAGUCUUCGCGCGUACUGACGCCGGCUGGAAGGCUGUCCUGGCCGACCUGGAGCCGCUCGAUCUCGAGGAGGAAGACCCAUCGACGACACAUGGAUCUGAGGCGGAUUCAGCAGCCACCUUGCCGAAUGGCGACCAGCUCGAGGACGGUACUCGAUCCGACCAGCCUUCUCACCUCGCCCCUCUUCCGCCUUCUCUCUCCGCCCAAGCUCUCUCCGAACUUGCCUCACUCCGCACUCUCACCGCGUCGCUCCUCUCUGCCCUCUCCUCCCUCUCCGACAUCACCCAAAUGCAGUCAGCCCUCGCCUCCGAUGCCGGCCGCAAGCUUCGAGCGCUCAAGGCGCAAGUGGGCGGUGUAAAGGACGACUUGCUCGCGAUUGAGCGGAGCGAGGCGUUCGUUCAGGCCUUUGAGAAGCGGGAGGGGACGGAACGGUGUGGUGGGAGGUAUUCGGCGCGCGCGAGGGGAGAGUUAGUUGAGGUAGAGAGGCGGUUGGAUGAGGGCUGGCGGAAGGCGCAGGAAAUCUUGACUAUCAGGGCAUGA